UAUCGUUUCAAAACGUUUGUUGAUAUUAUUGAAACGUGAUAUAUUUAUUGGUGUAAAAAAAUUAAUCUAAAUAAUGGAAGAGGAUUUAAUGAAUGUUGAUUUGUACGGAGAGCUUGAAAUUGAGUCCUCUGCAACUGAAAAAGAGAUAAAAACAGCUUACCGUAAAAAAGCGCUAUCAUGUCACCCGGACAAAAAUCCAAACAAUCCAUCAGCAGCAAAAUCAUUUCAUCGAUUGUCAAGAAUUUUGGAAAUUUUAAUUGACAAAUCAGCGAAGGCAGCGUAUGACAGAAUAUUAAACGCAAAAAUUCAAGCAAAAAUAAACAAUGCAAAGCUUGAUUCAAAGCGCAGAAAAUUGAAAGAAGAUUUAGAAGCUCGUGAAGAAGCUUAUCGACUGUCGCAAUUGAAUAAACAGCAGAGUUUCAAGACAGAUGAGGAAGUUUUUAAAGCAGAAGUUGAGAGAUUGAAAAAAGAGGGCUCGAGACAAGUUCAGGAGGAGAUUGAUUUGAUGAACAAGCAAAUUUACGAGCAAGUUCAUGGAAGUAAGCCGGUGGGUGUCAAUGACACUAGAGUUAAUAUCAGGUGGAAGGCUGAAAAAAAUGAUCCUGAUAAUGGAGGGUACAAUGAGAGCAAUCUUCAGCAAAUUUUGUCGAAGUAUGGAGACAUUGUUGCCAUCGCGAUGCUAACAAAAAAAGGACGCGCACUAGCUGAGUUCAAGGACAGCGAAGCAGCUAAAAUGGCAGUUCAAAUAGAAACAGGAUACACCAAAAAUCCCCUGACUCUCAGUGGCCUCUGGGAGUCUAAAUCCAAUAAUUCCACCCCAGCUGAUUCAUCAACUACAAACUCAUCUAUCAGACAGCGACCAACUUCUCAGCCAAGCUCCGCAUUAAGUUUCUCUUCAGCUCCAGAUAUUUUCAAUAAAUUAGAUGCUGAUUUUGAAAAUUCAGUUUUAAAUAAUUUGAAACGAGCUGAAGAGCGCAAGCGGAUAAUGGACCAGAUGAAGGACGACGACUCUUGAUACUUUUCAUUUCCAAGUAACCGAUGUACAUUUUUAUUUUUAAAAAUACAAUUUUAAAUUAUUAUUAUAAA